AUGGAGGACUGCAGCGGAGACUCUCUCCUGAAAGAUGACUGUUACAGGGAUUUCCUGGCAGACGAGUUUGACGUCAAAACGUACACCGCUCACGUCAUCCACCACGCCGUCAUCGCCGAGCAGCUGGCCAAGCUCGCGCAGGGCAUCAGCCAACUGGACAAAGAGCUGCAUGGACAGGUGGUGGAGAGACAUGAAGACCUGCUGGCUCAGGCUACGGGGAUCGAGUCCCUUGAAGGGGUUCUCCAGAUGAUGCAGACGAGGAUCAGUGCUCUGCAAGCUGCUGUUGACAGGAUCAGGACCAAGAUCGUCGACCCCUACAACAAGAUCGUGGCCCGGAUCACGCAGUUAGCCCGGCUGCAGGUGGCGUGUGACCUGCUGCGGAGAAUCAUCCGUAUCCUGUACCUGAGUAAGAGGCUGCAGGGGCAACUGCAGGGGGGCAGCAGGGAGAUCACCAAGGCUGCUCAGAGCCUCAACGAGCUGGACUACCUGUCUCAGGGGGUGGACCUGAGCGGGAUCGAGGUGAUCGAGAACGACCUUCUCCUGAUCAGCAGAGCCCGGCUGGAGGUGGAGAACCAGGCCAAGAGGCUGCUGGAGCAGGGCAUGGAGAUCCAGAACCCGUCUCAGGUGGGCACCGCCCUGCAGGUCUUCUACAACCUGGGGAGUCUCAGGGAAACCAUCAACGGUGUGGUCGGCGGGUACCGGACCACCAUAAAAGACCACAUCAGCAACACUCUGGACAUCAAGAGACUGAUGCAGCCGGGAAACCCCCGAGGGGCUCCAGGCAGGGCGGUGCUGCCCACUCCAGGUAACACGGCAGCCUUCAGAGCUGCUCUCUGGACCAACCUGGAGAAGCUCAUGGACCAGAUCUGUGCUGCCUGCACUCAGGUACAGCACCUGCAGAAGGUCCUGAUGAAGAAGAGAGACCCCGUCACUCACGUCUGCUUCAUGGAUGAGAUCAUCAAGGAAGGCCAGCCGGACAUACUCUACACUUUCUGGAACAACGUUACCUCCACACUCGGAGAGGAGUUUCACAGAGCAACUGAAGCCUCGUCUUUCCUGAAGCAGGCCUUUGAAGGAGAGUUCCCCAAGCUGCUGCGGCUGUACAACGAGCUGUGGCGGCGCCUGCAGCAGUACAGCGCCAGCCUGCAGGGGGCGGUGCUGAGCAGCGGCAGCUUGGAGGCCUCGCUGGACCUGAGCGCUGCAGAGACGGACUGUCAGGACCUGUUCACCCGCGGAGGACACGACUACAGUCCAGAGAAAGCUCUGAAGGACUCUCUGCAGCCGUAUGAAGCCGCCUACCUCUCCAAGUCUCUGUCCCGCCUCUUCGACCCCAUCAACCUGGUCUUCCCUAUGGGGGAGCGCAGCCCCCCCUCCACCGACGAGCUGGACAGCAUCAUCAGAACCAUCAGCAGUGAGCUGAACGUAGCUUCUGUGGAUCCAAACCUCUCCAUCGCUGUGGCCAAGAACGCCGCCAAGACGGUGCAGCUGUUCUGUGUGAAGUCUGAGCAGCUGCUGUGCACCCAGGGUGACGGCAGUCAGGUGAUCGGUCCACUGACGGAAGGUCAGAGGAGGAACAUCGCUGUGGUCAACUCCCUGUACCGCCUCCAGCAGGCUGUCGCCAAGAUAAUUUCCGGCUUCAGCUCAUGUCCGCUGGCUGCCGUGGAGGCCCUGUCUUCCUCUCUGGAGGGUGUGCAGGUCCUCAUGGGCUCGGCGGUGCAGCCUCUGCUGCAGUCUGUGAGUGACUCCAUCGAGGCCAUCAUCUUCACUCUGCACCAGGAAGACUUCUCUGGACCGGUGUCGGACAAACCCGACGUGCCGUGUUCCCUCUACAUGAAGGAGCUGCAGGGCUUCAUCUCCAGGGUCAAGGCCGACUACUUCUCGCAGUUCCAGUGCGUGGACUUCAUCUACAGCAAGACGGAGGCCAUCGCCCAGAGAGCCAUCCAGCUGUUCCUGCGCCACGCCAGCCUGCUGCGGCCGCUGGGGGAGGGCGGCAAGAUGAGGCUGGCCGCAGACUUCGCCCAGAUGGAGCUGGCCGUGGCUCCUCUCUGCAGGAGGGUGUCAGACCUGGGGAGACCCUACCGGAUGCUGCGCUCCUUCAGGCCCUUCCUGUUCCAGACCAGUGAGCUGACGGCAGCCAGCCCGGUGGUGGGGGAGCUGAUCCCCUACAGCACCCUGCUGCACUUCCUGUUCACCAGAGCUCCUCCGGAACUCAAGUCUCCCCACCAGAGAGCAGAGUGGUCCGUCGCCCGCUACUCCCAGUGGCUGGACGACCAUCCGUCUGAGAGAGACCGGCUGUCCCUGAUCAGGGGCGCUCUGGAGGCCUACGUGCAGUCGGUCCGGGCCCGGCAGGGGAAGGAGUUUGCUGCCAUCUAUCCCAUCAUGCUGCAGCUGCUGCAGAGAGCCACCAGCGGGGGAACGGAGCCCAGCGCCUGAGGAGCUGCUCAUGGGACUGCUGGGGGAGUGGGGGGUUUCUGAACAUGUGACCCAAACUGUCUUAAGAAAUAAACACGCUUUCAUUGUUCAGAAACAGAGUUUUAUUACGUCAGAAAGAGAACUGGGCUCAGAUGGGCCACUUCCACUGGUUGGGUGGAGGCUCCUCCACCAGCGGCUCCCACGGCUUCCACUCCGUCAUCUUCCUGGACAGGGCCAGCUCACACUCCGCCUGGCGACACAACCAGCAGGUUAACCCGGGGCAGCUGCUGCAGGAGCUGCACAAUCAUCUUUACCAUACAAGUACAACAUCCUAAAACAUUUCCAGUCUGGUACCAAACCAGUUCAGGGCUCCUGAGACAACUGGAGCAGCUCAUUCCUGUUAACCUGGUCAGGUAGAAUGAACCACUCAUUUCCACACGGGGGCUGCUGGGAGUGAGUGGGGGUUUUAUCUUGAGUGACGCUCAUCUUACACCAACUGCCACAGACCAGCGACAUUUACUUUGCCAAAAGAAGGUUUCUGGAAACUCUCCGCCCACUUCCAGAUUCCUCUGAAAUCUGGUUUGAAGAAUUAAGAGUGACCGACUCGGUCGUCAGAAGACCACGCCCCCAAUUAUACAUAAAUCACAUUAUAUCAUUUUAGGAUUCAGGAAAAACCUGUCCAGUCCUCAUGGGUGUAAAUCUAACGAUGGAGACUAAAACUGCUGCUGUUCCAGAGUCUAAAUAGGUUUCUUCCUGCUGUAAAGUUGAACAACUGAACCUGUCAAUGGAGCCAGA